AUGAUCGAAGACGUAUUCAAAAUUCAGAACAAGACAUCAGACAAAGACUCGUACAAAAGAGAUAAAGAAAGAGUAAAAUUGUUCUUGAGCACUUUAGCUAAUAUUACUAACGAUAAUGUUAGUAGAAAAGAUGAAGAUCUCAUAAACGUUAUCAUUGCCUCAAUAAACAGAAUUAAAAAUAAUAUAAGUGACACAUCGGACAAGUUAAACGAAGCUAUCAUAGUAAAACCUUCUAAAGAAAACAACACAACUGAAAUAAAGAAAGCAAGUCAAAUCAAAAGUGGCAUUGAAGAUAAAAUUGAUAUAUUUCUUAACAAUUCAUCUAAAAAACAUACAACGAAAAGUAUAGAAAAGAAUGACGAUGACAGUACAACAGAAACUACAAAAUACGUUGAGAUUUUAACAAAAGAUCCUCACACAAAAAAUUCUACGUCUGCUAACAUUUUAGAAGUACUGAAGCAUUUGAUGCCUUUAUUUAACAGUACGUUAACUAAAGAAGUACAUAACAUAACUAUAAUAGAAAGAGAUCAUAAGAAUAAUCAUUCAUUUUCUGCCACUAAAAAUGUUUCGACCAUCAUAGUCACAUAUUGUGAUAAUGAUAAUAAUUUUGCAAAAGAAAAUAAAACUUUGGUUAACAAGAAAGGUGAUGAUAAACCUGAAAUUGAUCGUGUUGACUUUUAUGACGAUGGAGACGAUCUGGAGUUAGAUGGGGAAGGAGAAGCACAUAAUAUAACGAAAGAAGAAAACAGAGAGAUUAUGGAAGCGGCUGAGUAUGGGAUGCAGAAGAUGCAUGAGUUGUACUCUGUUUUGGAGCCUAAGCUUUAUUCUAUGGGUCUCUGGUUGGAUGACUCCAGUCCAGCUCGCUACGUGGCAGCAUUCAACGCUCCUUCUGAAGAAGCAGCCAAGUUUUCCCGAUACGGCUACGCUUCUCUACAAGCCGCCACUAAACUGAAGCAGCUCAUCAAGUAA